GCAGCCGUUGACAACCCUGUAUGGUACACCUCCAACAACAAUUUUCGGAAAUUUUUUACCAACGCGAAAACGUUUUUUUUUCCAAACGAAUUGAAAAUCAAUUAAAGUACAAGCUAUGGACUUCCAGAACCGCGCCGGCGGCAAGACCGGCAGCGGAGGCGUGGCCUCCUGGUCGGAGACGAACCGCGACCGCAAAGAGCGUCUACGGCAACUGGCCCUGGAGACUAUCGAUCUAAACAAGGAUCCGUACUUUAUGAAAAACCAUUUGGGGUCCUACGAGUGUAAAUUAUGCCUAACACUCCACAACAACGAGGGCAGCUACUUGGCCCACACGCAGGGCAAGAAGCACCAGGAAAAUCUGGCCAGGAGAGCCGCCAAGGAGGCCAAGGAGGCACCAUCAUCGUUGCUGGCGCCAGAGAAGCCCCGCGUGGAACCGAAGAAGUUUGUGAAGAUCGGACGACCCGGCUACCGGGUGACAAAGCAACGGGAUCCCACCAACGGCCAACAGUCGCUGCUGUUCCAGAUUGACUAUCCGGAAAUCACGGAAGCCAUUGUACCGCGCCAUCGCUUCAUGUCCGCCUACGAGCAGAAGAUCGAGCCGCCAGACCGCAAGUGGCAGUAUCUUCUAUUCGCCUCCGAGCCAUAUGAGACCAUUGGAUUUAAGGUUCCCUCGCGAGAAGUGGAGAAGAGCGAGGGCAAAUUCUGGACGCACUGGAACCGUGACACAAAGCAGUUCUUCCUGCAAUUCGCCUUCAAGUUCGAACCCAAGAUCCUGCCGCCACCGCCGCCGAAUCUUCAUCGUUCGAUGGGACCUCCCGGUGGAUUCCCCAUGCCGGGUCCGCCACGUCCAGCCAUGCAUCCCAUGUUCAAUGGCGUCCCUCCACCGCCUCCAAUGUAAAAGAGCAUCCUAUCUAACCAGGGCGUCCGCUGAAAUCUAUGGAGAUCUUACAUUGUUUUGGUUGGUCCACCAAAAACGGAGGAACUACAGCAACAGCUCGGUAUCCCUUUAAAGGAAUAUAUUUUUAACUUAAUAGAACUCGAGUGUUUUGUAUAUUUGAUUUAAGGCUAUUAACUAGCUUAUCUAGAUUAACGGAAGACUCCGGAAUCCCUUCAAAUAAAACACUUGACACUUUUCUACUUAAUACAA